UUCAUUGUGUCGUGUUUCAGUCUGAAACAAUCUCUACAAAUAUCCUUUCUUUUUAAAAUAGUCUGCAGAUUGAACUAAAUGAAGAGAAGAAACAUGAGGAUUCUGUGUGUUUUGUUUUGUGUAGCUGUCUGUUGCCAAUCAACAUUUCCGUGGAAGCUAUUAUACGCCAAUGAGAAGGAUAUUCGUUUGUUUUGGUCAGACAACAAAGGUUCUGCCAGUGAGCGGGUGAUUAUUUCAACAGACGAUGCAGUCGCUGUUGAUUUCCUCUACAAAAAUCACUUGAUAUUUUGGAGCGAUGUCUCAGAAGAAAAAAUAUUUCGUUGCUCUCUUAAGACUACAUGUAAGGCAAAAGUAAUUGUAUCAGGAUCCCUGGGACGGCCUGAAGGUCUGGCUGUUGAUUGGCUGACAGGGAAACUAUACUGGACAGAUUACGAUUUGAAACAAAUAUGUGUCUCGAGUAUUGAUGGGAAGUAUCGUAAAGUUUUGAUAUGGAAAAAUCUUGAUAACCCCAGAGCAAUUGCAGUGGAUCCUAAUGCUGGUUUUAUGUUUUGGUCAGACUGGGGUGAGGCACCAGGAAUAUCACGUGCUGGUAUGGAUGGUACAAAUCACAAGAACAUCGUGAGCACGUCCAUUACCUGGCCAAAUGGUCUCACUCUUGACUACCACGAAAGCAGACUUUACUGGAUCGAUGCAAGACAUGAAUACAUUGCAAGUGUUGAUUACCAUGGCAACGGCAGACGUAUAACGUACUCGCAAGCUGCCAAUCAUCCAUACUCCAUAACAAUGUUACGGAAACAGCUUUACUGGACUGAUUGGGACACGAAUUCAAUACAAAAUUGUGCUGUAUUGAGAGCGAAUAUGAGUAAUUCAGCAAAUGUGAUCAAAACAAAUAUUUAUUCUCCUAUGGAUAUUAAAACUUACGAUCCUCAAAGACAGUCAAAUGUUUCAUUCAAUCCUUGUGAGAGAGAAAAUGGUGGAUGUAGUCAUCUUUGUUUGUUGGCUCCAGGAAAGCGUUUUUCGUGCGCUUGUCCUUCUGGAGUUGUUUUAAAGUCAGACAUGAAAACUUGUGAAGAUGGCCCUCAAAAGUUCCUUUUGCUUACAAAACGAAGAGGAAUCAGUAUUCUCUCCUUGAGCACACAAGAACACACUGAUCUCAAACUCCCAAUUGAAGAUAUCGGUCACGUGAUUGCGGUUGAUUUUGAUCCGGUUCAGAAGUCGCUGUGUUGGAUUGAUUCCCAGUAUCAUGAGAUAAAGUGCGCGAGCAUCAAUGGUUCUGGUGCGAAAACAAUUUUCGAAAACAAUAGUUCCUCAGCAGAAGACUUGGCAAUUGAUUGGGUAAAUCGAGGUAUUUAUUGGACAGAUUCAGCAUCAGAUAUUAUUGCAAUGGCGUAUUUGAACGGAACUUCAGGAAAAGAUAUUGUAUCACGUGGCCUGGAUGAGCCGAGAGCAAUUAUUAUUGAUCAACAGCAGAGGUUUAUGUACUGGUCAGAUUGGGGAGAAAAUCCUAAAAUAGAGAGAGCGAUGUUGGAUGGAACAAAGAGAGAAAUUUUGAUUAAUACUUCAAUAGCUUGGCCAAACAGUCUGGUGUUAGACUAUCAGCAAAGGAAACUUUACUGGGCGGACGCUAAAUUAGAUAAGAUUGAAUCAUGUGACCUGACAGGAUCUGAUCGCGUGAUUGUUACACGCGAGGAUGUCCCGCAUAUAUUUAGCCUGACUUUGGUCGGGCAAUAUUUGUAUUGGACUGACGUGCAAACUAGGAUGCUCGUAAAGAUGGAUAAGAGUGAUCCUAAAAAGAGGGAGAUUAUAAUUAAUUAUGUUCCAAAUAUGAUGGCCGUAAGAGGGGUCGAUCUUCAGACAAAUUAAAAACUGUGAAUCGUGCUUGCAUGCUUAGCAACCCGGUUUACAAUGUAAAAUUUCUUGUGAUCAGUGGCAUGCAGUUGGCAAUUUUAAACUGAGUUAUCCAUCAAGAUACUCGCUGCGCAAAACAUUUAGAAUUUGGGGUUUACCAGUGCAAAUUUUCAACUGUGAACACAAGUUAGGGCUUUGACAGUGUAACCGGGCCUUAUAUUCAAGCGUUUGUCUGAUCAGCUAAUUUGUAUUUAAUACAAAAUGGCCCGAUUUUUACUGAGAGACAGAUCAUCCAUCUGGACAAACUUUCGUCUGUGUUUACGGAUCAUUCAUCAACACGAAUUAUCCGCAUAGUUCGUCUAUUCAGACGAAUUUGAAUGGCAGUUCCUCUUCGCGCAUCAUUCGUCUGUUAGUAAAAUACAGGGUGCAUGGGGAGAAACUACGAAAAAUUCUUCAUAAAACGGCCGCUCUUGUGCACUCUUUUUACCACAAAAAUGAUUUCCUACAGUAAUUCCGUGCACUUUGUAAACACGCGAUUCUGUUUCGUUUGACAUAUUCGUCUGGAUAGUUCGUCUACAUAGUUUGUUGUGUGUUUAUACUCAGACGAAUGAUCAGGCGGAUUAUUCGUCCAGACGGAUCAUUCUUCUCUAUGUAGUAUAAAUCGGGCCACCGUGCAUGCUGAUAACAAUUUGUUAAACCCGUUAGUGGAAAGUGCACGCUUGGGUUUAAACAAUUAUGUUCAUUAACAUUGCUGAUGGGGUAAACACUUUUGAAAUAACAGUGUUAUCACGCUUUUGGGAUUUUAAAAUUACAUUUUGAUUUUCCUUGUCAUCAAGAUAGCCAAUGCAUGAAUUGUAUUUACGAAUUAGAUUGCAGUAAGAACUGUAAUGACUUGAAUAUAUGUAAAAAAAUUGUUAUGAUC